UAUAGUUCGAAUAUAUUUAUUCGAAUAUAUUUUUUCGAACUAAAAAAAAUCAAACUGUAAGACCAACACAACUACGCGAUGAGUUUGAGUAAACUUUUUGCUGGUAGGAAGAGGAAUAGUUCAGUAUGGAAAUGGUUUAAAUACGAUGCGUCAUCCGACAAAUCAGUAUGUUUAGUUUUACUUGAUGGUGAAAAAGUAUGCAAUACAAAGUUGUGUGGAAAGAACCCAACAAAUCUUAAACUACAUUUAGCAAGAAACCAUAAGUCUGUACACGUUGAGCUGGAAGAGUCGGAAUUAAAGAAAUUAAGUGAAAAAAAGCAAACAGGGAUAAAGAGAAAAGCAGUGGAUGAAAAUGGACCCACUCUUUUAGAAUCGUCCUCAAAUCAGAACCAGACCUUGAUUCAAUGCAUUAAUCGUAGGAAUACCGCAUGGCCUAUUAAUUCACACGAGCAUAAAAUUCGACUAAACUCUCUUAUUCAAAUGAUAAUUGCAACAUGUAAUCCAGUGACAUUGGUGGAUAAUGCGAGUUUUAGAAAGUUAGUUAAUACCUUGGAUUAUAAAUUUUCAUUGCCUGCUUCUGCCAAAAUUACUAGCCUACUUAAUGAAGAAUUUACUGUUUUAACGAGAAAACUUCGUGACUUCAUAUCUGAAGGCAGGCGCUUCACAAUAUGCCUUGAUGGCUGGACUAAAAAAGGUCUUACUGCGUCCUUUUUAAGAAUUUUGGUUUGUUUUUUUCACUUCAAAUCCGAAAAACCAAUACAUGUUCUGCUUAAUUUAGAAAAAAUAUUACUUGUUAUUUCGGACAAUGGAGCAAACAUGGUCAAAGGCAUAAAGUUGUCGAGAAUGAAAGCUCAAGCUGAACGUGAUAUACUUAUUGAAUUAGAAAGUGAGGUUAAUGAAGAGCAGAUAACAGAUCUGGAAGACGAUGAGAAUAUGACAAAUAGUGAAGAGUGGGAACUUGUUAACUUGAUAGUUGAUGUAAUAGAAAACGUAGCAUAUAGAAGAUUGGGAUGCAUUGCACAUGUUAUACAGCUAGUUGUAAAACUUGCAUAUGAUGGUAAAUAUCAUGGCUUACUUUUGAAGGUACGUGGAUUAGUGGGAAAAGUUCGCAAAUCUUCUGUUGCAUUGGAAAAAAUUAUCAACAAAUGUGGUAAGACUGUGAUCAGCGACUGUUCUACAAGAUGGAACAGCACUUACUUUAUGGUUCGGAGAUUUCUGGAAAUAAAGACAUCUAUCAACGAAGUGCUUGGAGACCUUAACAUUGAUUCACUUGCCAAUAGCGAAUGGAUAAUGCUUCAGGAUUUUGUCAAUCUUUUAGAACCUUUUGCCAAUGAAACUGAUAUUCUUCAGACGGAUGCACUUUCACUAUCCAGUGUUAUACCUUCAAUACUAAAUUUAGAAUGUCACCUUGAGCAAUUUGGAGAUGCCAAAGAUGUAGCAGUUAAAAUGCUUGAAGAUCUACGCCGUCGUUUUGCCGUUCUUUUGCAGCCAAACGAUCCUAAUUUUAAUCCACUGCCAUGUGCCGCAUGUCUACUUGACCCCACAUGUGCAAUAGCUCUUUUAGGUAAUGAGCAUACACAAAUCAGAGAGUGUGCAAAGAAAUACAUUUUGUCAGAGGCUAAAAAAUCGGUGCAACAUGAUUUACCUUUAGCAAGUGCAUCUACUCUUUCUGUUGAGAUUGCUCCAGAAAUAAAUGGAUUAACAAAAUGGAAAUUUUUAGCGGCAAAACAGCGAGUAGAAAAAUAA